UGGAAGUACAAUCCAUUUCGCUGAGGAGCUGCACCGCCUUCCGCUUCUCAUUCCUACUCCGGAGGCCCAUCUGAGAGCGGCGAUUGCUUUCAGCGCAAGGAAAAAUCCGCAUGACCCGUUGUGCUCAUUAAAACAAGACUUUCAGAAACUCGAAACACUCGUUAAAACACUUCCUCAUGCUCAUGAUAGGACCCAUGAUAGUACUCAUGCUUCCCAACAGGACUUCUAUACGCCGCGGCAAGAUGGAUGGAUCGAUUACGAAACAGGGUAUUUUUCGAGACAAUCCGUGAAAAAGGCUAAAAGGG